CCCCCCAAUACCCUACAUGCCCAGUCCCAAAACCCUCAUUUCUCACUUUCUUUCCGUCUCGCUUGCUCCCUAACAAUGGUCCAAACCCUAGCUCGCUCCUUAAUUCCUGCCACUGCUCGCCAUCUCAGUUACUUUAUUCUUCCCAAACGCCUCCUGUCCACCACCACAGCUACCGUAACCCUUCUUCCAUCUCCUCAACCUUUGCUGUUCUGUCGCCGUUCACUUCUCCCACUCUCUCAUGCCGUGCAGUCAAUCAAACCUGGUGUUCCGACCCGAUUUACUUCGAUUCGAUGCCGGGUUAACCGGUCUGGCAACUCCGCCUACUCACCUUUGAACUCCGGCUCCAACUUUAGUGACCGCCCGCCCAAUGAGAUGGCUCCGCUUUUCCCAGGAUGUGAUUAUGAGCACUGGCUUAUUGUCAUGGACAAGCCUGGUGGAGAGGGCGCCACCAAGCAGCAAAUGAUUGAUUGUUAUAUUCAAACCCUAGCCAAAGUUUUGGGCAGUGAGGAAGAAGCUAAAAAGAAGAUCUAUAAUGUUUCAUGUGAGAGGUAUUUUGGAUUCGGCUGUGAGAUUGAUGAGGAGACCUCAAACAAGCUAGAAGGGUUGCCUGGUGUUCUGUUUGUCCUUCCUGAUUCUUAUGUAGACCCUGAAAACAAGGAUUAUGGUGCUGAGCUGUUCGUGAAUGGAGAGAUUGUUCAAAGAUCACCUGAAAGACAGAGAAGGGUGGAACCACAGCCACAAAGAGCUAAUGACAGACCCAGAUACAAUGAUAGAACCCGAUACGUGCGCCGCAGGGAAAAUAUGCGGUAAAACACAAUGGAAAAAUUAGCUGUAUAGUUUCAGGCAUCGGUCCUUUCUCAGUUAUGAAUAUGAUGUUAAAACAUUGUGUACGUCGAGUGGAACUAUAAUGUUUCUACCGGAUCUUUCUAGACACUCAGAGAAGGGUAUUAUUGUAAGACAUAUUAUCUUCGACUGUUUCCUUA